AUGACCGCGUCCAUACGAACGAAUGUGCUUCCUUCCCAAGCAAAUGCCAUCUUCGAAGAUUCCAGCUUCUUUCGACGCCACCCAGAUGUCCUUCUCCCCACGCUGUCAGAUGUCAAGGCGGAAUGCGCGAUGCAGAACUCGUCUGCCCUGAGCGAGGCCAUGCGACCCCCUCCGGUUAUGCACGAGUCGCUUGGACUUGUUGUGAAAUUCGGUCGAAUGCGCCAAGUUCAUGGAGUCACUGUCGAGGAUUGCUGGCCGCGCAUGACGGAGGAACAGAAGGGCGUACUCUGGAAUAAUUUGAUGGACAUGGUGUCGAAGCUUCGAACACUUUCUCGAGACUCACCACAUCCCCUGAUCUCUCGCAUUGACGGCUCAGCCCUGUACGAUGUCGAAGUCAACGGCAACGGGGACAAAAGGCCGUGGACAGGGCCUUUCGAUUCCGUCAAAGCCUUGCAUGACUGGUUCGCCAUGACGAGCAAGAUGGGAUUCGAAGCCAUCUGGCCUGGGCGGACACUCGAGGAGAUCCCAGAUGGAUUUCGGCACCUGUUCCCUGAUGACAGCAAGGUUGUUUUCACGCAUGGGGAUCUUCACCCCACCAACAUCAUGGUCAACCCAGACUCGCCGGGACAAAUUGUCGCUAUCAUCGACUAG